CCUCACAGUUAGCCAAGUUGGCCAGCACUUCACAUUCGUGCUCACUGACAUUGACAGCAAACAGAGAUUUGGGUUCUGCCGAUUAUCUUCAGGGGCCAAGAGCUGCUUCUGUAUCUUAAGAUGUCUUCUCAUUUAGAACAUAAUCAUCUGAUGAGUUACAACUCACUGGCAGUGACAAGCUGUACAGCUUAAAGAAAACCACCUUUGCAGAGAGAAAGGAAAGCAAACAAGAGCAGCCUCCUCUCCUAGUGGCCUGCUAUUGAAGUAGUCUGUAUGGUGGGAAAGAUAUAUGUGUCUUCUGCUGUAGCAGCAGCAGUAGCCAGCACUGGCAGCCAGCCUCAGGCCAUCUCCUCCUAUCGGUCCCUCAGCUACCUCCCCUGGUUCGAGGUGUUUUAUAAGCUCCUUAAUAUCUUGGCAGAUUACACAACAAAACAACAGGAAAGUCAGUGGAAUGAACUUCUUGAAACUCUGCACCGACUUCCCAUCCCUGACCCCGGAGUGUCUGUUCAUCUCAGUGUGCAUUCGUACUUCACUGUGCCUGAUACCAGAGAGCUUCCCAGCAUACCUGAGAAUAGAAAUCUGACAGAAUAUUUUGUGGCUGUGGAUGUGAACAACAUGUUGCAUCUGUACGCCAGCAUGCUGUAUGAGCGCCGGAUCCUCAUCAUCUGCAGCAAGCUCAGCACUUUGACUGCCUGUAUCCACGGCUCAGCUGCCAUGCUCUACCCCAUGUACUGGCAGCAUGUGUACAUCCCUGUGCUGCCCCCACACCUACUGGACUACUGCUGUGCUCCCAUGCCCUACCUCAUAGGAGUCCAUUUCAGUCUAAUGGAGAAAGUCAGAAAUAUGGCCCUAGAUGAUGUCGUGAUCUUGAACGUGGAUACCAACACCCUGGAAACCCCUUUUGAUGACCUCCAGAGCCUCCCAAAUGAUGUGAUCUCCUCCCUGAAGAACAGGCUGAAGAAGGUCUCCACAACCACAGGUGACGGGGUGGCCAGAGCCUUUCUCAAGGCCCAGGCUGCUUUCUUUGGCAGCUACCGGAAUGCACUGAAAAUUGAGCCCGAAGAACCCAUCACCUUCAGUGAGGAAGCCUUCGUGUCCCACUACCGCUCUGGAGCCAUGAGGCAGUUCCUACAGAAUGCCACACAGCUGCAGCUCUUCAAACAGUUUAUUGAUGGCCGACUAGACCUUCUCAAUUCCGGCGAAGGUUUCAAUGAUGUCUUUGAAGAGGAGAUCAACAUGGGCGAGUAUGCUGGUAGCGAUAAGCUGUACCACCAGUGGCUGUCCACAGUCCGGAAAGGAAGUGGAGCAAUUCUGAAUACUGUAAAAACAAAAGCUAACCCAGCUAUGAAGACUGUCUACAAGUUUGCAAAAGAUCAUGCAAAAAUGGGAAUAAAAGAGGUGAAAAACCGCUUGAAGCAAAAGGACAUCGCUGAGAACGGUUGUUCGUCCUCUGCAGAAGAGCCACUACCAAAGACCAUGCCAUCCCCCCUGGUAGAGGCCAAGGACCCCAGCCUUCGAGAAGACCGGAGACCAAUCACAGUCCACUUUGGGCAGGUACGACCGCCUCGUCCGCAUGUUGUCAAGAGACCUAAGAGCAACAUUACUGUGGAAGGCCGGAGGACAUCUGUCCCAAGCCCUGAGCACCUGGUAAAGCCCUUCCGACACUAUGCUGUCUUUCUCUCUGAAGACUCCUCUGAUGAGGAAUGCCAACGGGAAGAGGCACCGAGCACCGGUUUCACUGAGAGCUUUCUCUUCUCUUCUCCCUUUGAAUGGCCACAGCCAUACCGGACAUUGAAAGAAUCAGAUAGUGCAGAAGGUGAUGAGACCGAGAGCCCAGAGCAGCUUGUGCAGGAACCCCGGGGACCUAUCCCUGCCCCACCUGACCAAGCUGCCAGCAUCGACCUUCUAGAAGAUGUCUUCAGCAGCCUAGACAUGGAAGCAUCACUGCAGCCACUGGGCCAAGCCAAGAGCUUGGAGGACCUCCGGGCCCCCAAAGACUUGCGGGAACAGCCAGGGAGCUUCGACUACCAGAGACUGGACCUGUGCAGAAGUGAGAGGGGCCUUAGCAUGGCUGCCACUUUGAAACUCGCUCAUCCAUAUACUAAGCUCUGGAGUCUGGGUCAGGACGACAUGGCCAUCCCCAGCAAACCCUCCAUCACCUCUCCUGAGAAGCCCUCAGCUCUGUUUGGUACUUCCCCAGCCCUGCCUCACAGACCCCAAAACCAGAAUGGCAUCCUGAGCCCCAGCAUCAAGGAGGAGGCUCCCAUCCAAACUCCAGGCAGCAUCACCAUUCCCCGGCCACAAGGCAGAAAGACCCCUGAGCUGGGAAUUGUGCCUCCACCACCCACUGCCCGCCUGACCAAGCUCCAGGCUGCUGGUGGCCCAUUUGGUGACUUCUCUUCAGAGCAGCUACAGCUGGACCGGCAAAGACAAGCUGCCCUGAGCUCAGCCCUACUACCAGGGCUGCUCACCAAUGCUGCCCCCCAAGGCCCCACAGAACUUCUGCAGCCACUCAGCCCAGCCCCAGGAGCUGCAGGCACAGGCAGUGAUUCCCUGCUUGCCCUCCUGGACCCACUUAACACAGCCUGGUCAGGUAACAACAUCCCACCACAUCCUUCCACCCCCAGUGUGACUACCCCAUUUACCCCCCAGUUCAGCUUCCCCCCCACAGUGACACCUACCCCUUUUGCACAGCCGCCACUCAAUCCAUUUGUCCCUUCUGUGCCAGUAGCACCACCCACUAUGUCCCUGGGCUCUACACCAGCCAGGCCUUUUGGGACCCCUCCAGCAUCCCUGGGGCCAGCAUAUGCACCGAGCAUCCUAUUGUCCGGUUCUGGCUUCUAUACCCCUCACAGGUCUCAGCCCAACCUGUCUGCCCUCUCCAUGCCCAACCUCUUUGGCCAGACCCCCAUGGGUGCCCACAGUAGUCCCUUGCAGCCACUUGGUCCCCCAGCUGUUGCCCCCUCCAGGAUCCGAACAUUGCCUCUGGCCCGUUCAAGUGCCAGGGCUGCUGAGGCCAAGCAAGGGUUAGCCCUGAGGCCUGGUGAACCCCCACUGCUGCCUCCCAGACCCCCCCAGGGUCUAGAACCAGCCCUGCAGCCCUCUGCUCCCGCUCAGGCCAGAGACCCCUUUGAAGAUUUGCUACAAAAAACCAAGCAAGAUGUGUGCCCCAGCCCAGCCCCAGCUUCCACCUCCAUAGAGCAGCUCCGCAGGCAGUGGGAGACCUUUGAGUGAGCAGGCCUGUGCCACCGUCCAGUACCGUGCCUCCCUAUGUCCUGUUUCUGACCAGGUUCUACUGGGGCAAAGGGACUCUCUCUGCCCCCUCUCCUCCAUAGCCCAUCUCUGAGGACUGGCCCUGGAAAUGGUACCAUCCCAGAAGAGCCGCCUGCCACCCUUCUUGGCACCCUGUGUAGGGUUUGCACUAGAGGUCAGCUGGGCUAACCAUACCCUGCCACCUUCCCUCCAGUAGCCCAGGGGCCAAGACACUCAAGGUGUCUCUCAAGCCCAGCUCUCCUUUGCCCAGCCCUGCCCUACCAGGCACAUCAGUAACACCCGUGUGAGCACAUCUUUGGGGGGCACAGGUGUUUGGGGGCUGAAGUGGCCAUUCUUUGGUGGGCAUCUCCAAACCUCUCUAGCAAUAUACUCUUUCCUAACCACCAAACCUGAGUUGUUCCUGGGGACCCAAGCUCCAAACCCAGCUCCAACCAGCCCUUCCAGGGCUUGGGAACACCAGCAACUCUGGUUUAUAGGAGAAACCCAGAAAUCUGAGUGGUAGGAACUACCUUCGGCUCUCUGCCACCCUCAUACCUCUGGGCUUAUGUCAAUCAAAGCUUAGGCUCAGCCUCCUGCCACUUGGAGCUUUAUGGGAAGAGCUUGGCAACAAUGACCCAGAUUCCAACUCAAAGGACAAAGGGGGAGGCACAACUGUUUGGGCUCCUAGGUUAGGACCAGGUGGGGCCUCAGGGCUCCCCAGACUCCCCAUGGAGUGAAUAAAUGUGGCCGCUAUGCCUGAGGCAAGUGGGAGCCUGGAAGCCAGCCCUCCCUGCUAUCUCCAGCUUCUUGCCAGCACAGAGAUUCCUGAGGCCAAGUCACCAAAGUUAUAAUGAAAUGUUUUGUUGUUAUUUCUUUGAUCUCGCUUUUCCUUCUUACCUUACUGAUUUGAUGAAUCUUGAAAAUUGAUUCCUUUCAAUAAACCAAGGUGAAACACAGCCUAACCAUUUAAGAAAA